UUGAAGAUUAUGACAAAAAGAAUUGCAGAGCAAUGGAAGCCAUGGCUAUGCCACUACUCCAACUCCCACUCACUGCAUCACCCUCUUCGUCUUCUUCUUCAUCUUCAUCUUCUUCUUGUUAUAGCAUUCCAAAGCUACCCAUCUUCUCCAAGAAACUCCACCACCGCUACUCUUGUCGCCCAACAAAGAGUCGAGUGGUUGUACUCGUUGGCAGCAAUGAAGAGGCCACAGAGCUAAGCAUUUCAUCGACCCAAGAGGAACCAGACCCACAAGACCUCGAAUACAUUCGACAAAUCAAAAGGGUGUUGGAGCUUCUCAGAAAAAAUCGAGAUAUGAUUUUCAAUGAGGUUAAGUUGACCAUAAUGAUUGAGGACCCAAGAGAAGUUGAGAGGAGAAGAUUACUUGGAAUAGAGGAUGCGGAUACCCCAACGAGGGAGGACUUGGCUGCUGUUUUGGAAGAAGUGAAUGAAGGAAAAGUACCAGAGGAUCGUGUUGCUCUUCAGAUGCUAGCUGAGGAAAUGAUUCAGUGGCAUAAUUUGGAGGUUGAAGCUCCAAAGAAAAAGCCUGGCAAAUCCCUAUAUGCAAAAGCCACAGACACUGGAAUUGAUCCUAAAGAGGCUGCCAAAAGACUGAACGUUGAUUGGGAUUCAGCUGCUGAGAUUGAAGAUUCUGAUGCCAGCGAUGACACAGAAGUACCUCCAGCGCUGGGUUAUGGAGCACUUUACCUGGUCACGGCUUUUCCAGUCAUCAUUGGUAUCUCAGUGGUAUCAAUUUUAUUUUUCAAUUCUCUCCAGUAGAUCUUGCCAUCUUGUAUAGUCUCUGUGCCUUGUUAUGGACCUAUUAGUGUCAAUGGUCUUCACACGAGCUUGUAGAUCAUAAUCAUGAAAUUAAAUGAUAGUUUCUGGGAAUUAUGUAAUUGCUGUAAUGAUAUAGCUUUUUCCUCUUUUCUCCCUUUUCUCCAAUACACGAGCUAUAUAAUGUUGUAUCAAUGAUACACGAGCUAUAUAAUGUAGUAUCAAUGUAUAACAUUAUUUAUUCAUUAAAAAAAAAAUGUAUGACAUUUUGCAUCUA